CGGCAGUGAGUCCGCGGACCGCAUCCAGCGCGCAGCACGCAGAGCAGACGCCGCCGCCGCUGCACGGGCAGAAAACAAAGGGUCGACGAGCGACCUUCCCGCAUCGCUAAGGAACAACGCAUGGCAAUAACCGUCUGCUGACGAAGACAGAAUCGGAACAGCGGUCUUUAAAGAUGAACUGCAACUGCCCCGUGUCGCAGCCGCCGGGCCCCACGCUGGCGUCCACGUGCGGCGGCUCCAGCUUCAUGCUCUUCAUGGGGCUGCUCGAGGUCUUCAUCCGCUCGCAGUGCGACCUCGAGGACCCCUGCGGCCGACCCACCAGUCGACGGAGACCGGACGUCGAGUACGAUUUCGUGGUGGUGGGCGGCGGCAGUGCGGGCUCUGUUGUGGCGGCGCGGCUGUCGGAGAUCCCGCACUGGAACGUGCUGCUCAUCGAGGCCGGGCUGGACGAGCCGACGGGCGCCCAGGUGCCGUCCAUGUUCCUCAACUUCAUCGGCAGCAGUAUCGACUGGAACUUCCGCACCGAGCCCGAGGAGAUGGCCUGCCUCAACGAGAACGAGCGCCGCUGCUCGUGGCCCAGGGGCAAGGUGCUGGGUGGCACCAGCGUGCUCAACGGCAUGAUGUACAUGCGAGGCAGCAGGAAGGACUAUGACGAGUGGGCGGCGUUCGGCAACCCCGGCUGGAGCUACCAGGAGGUGCUGCCCUACUUCCUCAAGUCCGAGGACAACCUUCAGGCGCACUUGAUGGACCCCGGCUACCACGGAGUCGGCGGCUACCUCACGGUCAACCAGUUCCCGUACCACCCGCCUCUCUCACACUCCAUACUGCAGGCUGGCCGCGAGCUGGGGUUCCAGGUUCGCGACCUGAACGGCGCCUUCCACACGGGCUUCGCCAUCGCGCAGACGACUUCUCGCAACGGCAGCCGGCUGUCGACGGCCAAGGCGUUCCUGCGGCCCAACCGCAACAGGCCGAACCUGCACAUCAUGCUCAACACGACCGUCACCAGGGUCCUCAUCAACGAGUCGUCACGCGAGGCCUACGGCGUCGAGGUCAUCCGCGGGGACACGGGCCGCCGCGACCGCAUCUUCGCCCGCAGCGAGGUGAUCCUGUGCGGCGGCGCGGUCAACUCUCCGCAGCUGCUGCUGCUGUCGGGCGUCGGGCCUGCGGAGGAGCUGCGCGCCGUGGGCGUGCAGCCGGUGCACCACCUGCCCGGCGUGGGCCGCAACCUGCACAACCACGUCGCCUUCUUCGUCAACUUCUUCAUCAACGACACGGACACGCAGGCGCUCAACUGGGCCACCGCCAUGGAGUACCUGCUCUUCCGCGACGGGCUCAUGUCCGGCACCGGCAUCUCGGAGGUCACCGCCUUCGUCAACUCGCGCUUCGCCAGCCCCUCCGAGGACAACCCCGACCUGCAGUACUUCUUCGGAGGGUACCUCGCCAACUGCGCGCGCACCGGACAGGUGGGCGAGCGCGCCUCGGAGGGCGCCAACGGCACGGCGCCGAUGCGCUCGAUCCAGAUCAUCCCGGCGUACCUGCACCCCAAGAGCCGCGGCGUGCUGCGGCUGCGCAGCGCCGACCCGCUGGCGGCGCCCGCCAUCAGCGCGCGCUACCUCACCCACCCGGACGACGUGGCCGCGCUCGUCGACGGCAUCCGCUUCGCCAUCCGGCUGUCCGAGACGCCGGCGCUGCGGCGCUACGGCUUCCGGCUGGACCGCACGCCCGUGCCCGGCUGCGAGAACUUCACGUUCGGCUGCGACGCGUACUGGGAGUGCGCCGUGCGCCGGCAGACGGCGCCCGAGAACCACCAGGCGGGCUCGUGCCGCAUGGGCCCGCCGGGCGACGCGGGCGCCGUCGUGGACGCGCAGCUGCGCGUGCACGGCGUGGACAAGCUGCGCGUCGUCGACGCCUCCGUCAUGCCCAAGGUCACCUCGGGCAACACCAACGCGCCCACCGUCAUGAUCGCCGAGAAGGGCGCCGACAUGAUCAAGACGCGCUGGCUCGCCAGGCGGACGUGGCGCUCCUGGUACUGAGGGCUGCGGCUUCCGCGGGCGCCACGGUCCUGUUCAGCAGGUGGCUGCGUGUGCACUGCGUAACAUGAGACAAUAGCUCGCUCUUUCUCCAAAGACAUCUCUCACGAUAUUCUAGUGCUGCUCAUCACCAGCAUUUUCACUCCACACCAUGUACAUUUAUUCAUAUCCAUAGCACUAGAGACUUGCAAAAUGUGUUUGCGGUAUCUUACGCUAUGUUAACAACUUUUACGCUCAGACAAGGCACUACUCCAGCUGUACUCUGAAAUUUUGUACCUUGUACGCGAUACUACCACCAUACGUAUAGUGGCAUAUUGCUAUCCCAUCAAUUGUCACCUUACUGAACCCAACACCUUUCCCGGACAAGUGCUCUAACGACAAGGUACACAGGUAUGACUGAUGCCCGACGUAACUACUCCGGCUGUACUCUGAUUAAAACCACAAAAGACGAUCGGUGUUGUGGCUGAUAUGUGUAGCAGGAAAAACUGAGUAUACUCUCAAAUUGCCUCACGUCGUUAAGUAACAAAAUCUACUUGUUAUGAAAACUUUACGAGCUUCAGAGAAUGAUCCAUAGCUUCAGUACAGAAAGAAACUUAUUAACUUUGCAUGACUCGGUUUCACAGUCAUAUAAAAAGCUUUAAUCCACAUCAAAUGUAGGCCCAGUAAAAUUAAAGUUCCCGGUUCGCUUUUAAGAUAUAUUCCCCAACUGCGACAUGGUCGCUAUAGAAACAGUGAUCCAAUGCUCUCAAAUGUUUUUUGUUGCACUCUUUGAUCACAAUAUGAAUUCUUUAGAUGAUGACUGGUUUCAGUCCGUAGUUAUCAUCCUCAGAUCCUUUUUUACACCAUUCCCUAAAGCGAUAAGGCCAUUAUGGUGUAAAAAAGAUCUGAGGAUGGUCAUUACGCACUGAAACCGGUCAUUAUCAAAAGAAUUCAUAUUGUGAUAAAAGACUGGAAUAAAAAACAUUUAAGAUAUUUUCCUCUGCUCCUUCUUAAGGUUUUCUGGUUGAAAAUCGCUUUGUAAAUUUAUUGAGGUGGGUAG